AUGAUCAGUUUAGGCAAACAACUGUCAGAUAUGUUUAUGUAUUGUGCCUAUUUUUCACGUGUCUUUUAUGGUCCGGGCAUACAGAAAAGCGUCGAAGUUGACGGCGAGCUAUUGACAACUGUUGAACAUUGUAUGUACUGCACAAUGGUCCGAGUGUUUGUUGGAGUGGGAAAGAGAAGAGAAGCAGUAGCUGCGUGCGAGAUGCUGACAGCUAACCCAGUAGUUGUUCAUGAUGCAAUUCACGGGAAACGUCCUUCCAGUAUCCCAUACCUUAUCGAGGCCUGUCAUCGCGAGUUGUUGUCUCUUUUGAGUGACGAAGACCGAAGCAACUUCAGAAUUGUGAAUUUCCGUUAUCUCCAGCAAAUAUUUUCAAAUUGUAUUACGUGCUUAAGGAGUACACCUUUGCACUAAAAUACUACACGAACGAGACGCAAUCACCCGACUUGAUCGAAAUGGUAAUUUCAUGCUUGCGCCUAGCUGGAAAUGAAUUAGUGGAAAUGGAUAGAGGAAAUGAAUCACAGUUAUACUUCCUCGCAUUUCUUAGAGUGUUUCAAACUAAAGAGGGAUUUCUGGACAAGUCCUUUCAUGCCCAAUGCGCAACCCUUGCAGGAUAUUCUUUUGCAAAUCAACAUUACAUUUUCCGUUCGUUGGGAAAGAUAAUGGCAUUCGAAAGGGGGAAUCUUGAUGGUGCAAUUCAGUGUUAUGAACGAUGCUUUGAACUGGAUGAAGAUUUGACCCUUGACCAAAGCCUUGUGGCAACUCUGGCUGGGCUUUAUCAAUCAAAAGCGUUAGCAGUUGACAUAAAAAACCAAGAUUUCUGCGAACGGCAGAUGAACCUUGCCCUUAAUUUGUUCCAGAAACUGCUUCAAAAGACUGCCGAAUUGAUACCAUUUGUAGAAAGCUCGUUUGGGUCACUUUUGUUGAAAUUGGAACGUUAUCAUCAAGCUGUUGAACAUUUUGAAAAUGUUAUUCAAAGAGCGGAUAACUCAGCUAUGCUGGGCUGUACGGACGUAGCCAAGCGGUUGUUAGACGUUUACCUUCGUCGUGAAAUUGAAGCUAGUGGCAGUAUUACCAUCCCAUUGACAGUUCACGCUUUCUACGAGUUAAUUUUAACGCAUAUGAAAUUGAAUGAAGUGGGAAAAUCCCAAGAAGUUGCGCUUCGAUUGGAGAAUUAUGUUAAACGUAAUUUUCAAUGUACUACAAAGACUUCUCUGGCUCUGUAA